AUGCCUCCCGCAUCUGUCGAGGGGGAGCAGUCGGUUACAGCAGAGCCACCAUUUAGUAUAUUCGACAAACGACAAAAAUGGCUCAUCAUCAUCAUUGUUUCCACCGCCGCAACAUUCUCCGGGUUUGCCUCAAACAUCUACUUCCCAGCACUGCCUACAAUUGCCAAAGACUUGAAUGUCUCAUUAGAGCUGGUCAACCUGACAGUGACCUCGUAUCUCAUCUUCCAGGGACUGGCACCAAGUUUGUGGGGCCCUAUAUCCGAUGUGAAGGGGCGUCGAGUGGCAUACACCUUCACUUUCUUGGUGUUUUUCGGCGCAUGCAUCGGUCUGGCUGAAACAAAGAACUAUGCCACACUGAUUGUUCUCCGAUGCCUUCAAAGUACUGGGAGUGCCAGCACCAUCGCCAUCGGCUCGGGCGUGAUUGGUGAUAUCACAACGCGGGACGAGCGCGGCGGCUUUAUGGGUAUCUUCCAAGCAGGGCUUCUUGUGCCUGUGGCAGUUGGCCCGAUUAUUGGUGGUGCCAUGGCGGGAACUCUGGGUUGGAGGUCGAUCUUCUGGCUUUUGACAGUCUACGGGGGAGUAUUCUUGAUCACGAUGCUCCUGGUUUUGCCAGAGACGCUUCGGUCGCUGGUGGCGAACGGAAGCCAAGUGCCAUCAUCCAAGAAUCCAUUGGUGAAAUAUCCUCUGGUGGUUUAUCAGAGGCUUACCCGUGUUCAAUGGGACUCGGGAAUAGCGAUUCCCCCGGCUGCUAGAAAACACAUCGACGUCGUGGGGCCGUUCCGCAUUCUCUUCAGUAAACAUUCGACACCAAUUAUUGUGUUUCUCGCAAUAUACUAUGCUGUCUGGCAGAUGGGCAUCACCGCAAUGUCUUCCCUUUUCACAGAUCAGUAUGGUCUUUCGGAGAUCCAAAACGGCCUGACUUUCAUUGCCAACGGCGUGGGCUCUAUGGUCGGAACCCUGAUCACGGGGAAGAUCAUGGAUGCAGACUACCGAAAGGUGAAGGCCGAGUAUGAGUCGUUGGAUCGGUCGAUCGCCGAAGGGGGCGAUGCUUCUGGGGAAAGUGACUUUCCCCUCGAGAAGGCCCGUCUUCGCCUCAUCCCUCUUUUCGCAUGCCUACAGUGCCUUUCUUUGGUCCUUUUCGGCUGGACUAUUCAAUAUCGAGUUCACAUUGCAGUCCCCAUUAUCUCAACAUUCAUAACAGGCUGGACUGUCGUGUCGAUGCAAUCAAUCAUCAUGACCUACCUCGUUGAUAUUUUCCACGAAAGAAGUGCUGCUGCCAGCGCCAGUAUCAACCUUGCUCGAUGCUUGUUCGCGGCUGGUGGCACCAGUUUUGUGAUGCCGCUGAUCACUGCUGUCGGGGCUGGUGUCACCUUUACUAUAUGCGCUGCUGUGCAAUUCGUUGCACUUGUUGGUCCGUUUGUCCAAUGGAAGUUUGCUGCUUCAUGGAGAAGAGGAGAGGGUCAGCAGGAGGAUAAUAAGAGCUAA